AUGAUGGAGAGUUCAGCUUCCGAGCUUCAACAUGGAGUGGAAUCCACGUCGGAUGCCUCUGAUCAGCCCCAGGUUCAUGAUCCACAGGGAAAGAAUGAAGAAACUUCCUUGGUUCAACAGUCUAGACGGCCAAACCUCUCCUCAUUGCAAAUACCAGCAAGGACACUGGAAAGUAGUUUGUCUGCUUUUACGAGGAUUGAUAUUCCUUCCGUACCAAGUCCUAGUUCUACUAGAGCUGGACUGCCCCCUAGACCAAAUUCAGCUAAGAUCAAAUCAUCCAUGAAAAAUUUGUUUCCUCAAAAAAGCUUUAGGGCGAAAAAUUUGCCCCUGGAUGGUGAGAAGACCAUUCUCAUUAUACCUGAUACACCUUCAUCAGAUGGUCAUUUGGCAAAGCCUUCUACUUCAAGGUCUUUCUCGCUUAAUAAGGUUUUCUUCUCUCCAUCUAUGAAAGCAACACAUUCUUUACCAGUUACACCAAGUGCAAAUGUGGGUUCUGAGACUGUGCAGGGCAGACAUCUGGAGAGUCAUUCUGAUAUCUCUACAAUUGAAGUUAAGCAGCAUAUGUCCAGAUCAUUAUCGGUUCCAGUAAAUGUUAAAACCAGAAGUUUAAGGAGGAUGGAUUCCGGAGGCAUGAUGCGUGUAAUUUCAGCAACUCCACGUCCUUCAAUAGUUGAGGGUGCCUCACCGAAUGCUGCCCCAGCAUUGGAAACCACUACUGAAGAUUCUGGUGAAGACAUUCCUGAAGAAGAAGCCGUUUGCAGGAUUUGUUUGGUUGAGCUUUCGGAAGGUGGUGAUACUCUUAAAAUGGAGUGCAGCUGCAAGGGAGAGCUGGCACUUGCUCACAAAGAUUGUGCAGUAAAGUGGUUUAGCAUUAAAGGGAACAAGACCUGUGAAGUCUGCAAGCAGGAUGUUCAAAACUUACCUGUAACACUACUCAAAAUACACAAUCCUCAAACAAUUAUUAGACGACCACCAACAGUAAUGCAGCAGAGGGAAGUCCCUCGUUACAGGGUCUGGCAGGACAUACCAGUUCUUGUCCUGGUCAGCAUGCUUGCAUAUUUCUGCUUUCUGGAGCAACUUCUGGUAUCUGACUUGGGUCCUCGUGCUCUUGCCAUUUCUUUACCCUUCUCUUGUGUUUUAGGUCUCCUUUCAUCCAUGAUUGCUUCAACAAUGGUGAGCAGGAGCUACAUAUGGGCUUAUGCCUCCUUCCAGUUUGCCAUCGUGAUCCUGUUUGCUCACAUAUUUUAUACUCUACUUAAUGUAAAUCCAAUUCUCUCAGUCCUCCUUUCUUCAUUCACUGGCUUUGGGAUUGCAAUCAGCACAAAUUCUCUUCUGGUGGAGUAUCUUAGAUGGAAAUCCAGCAGACAACUGCAAUCUUCCCAUCAACAUGCUAGCAGUGCACUGCAUCUGCAUGAACUACAGCUGCAGCAGCACCUGCAAGAGCACCAGCAGUGGCAGCAGCAAGAGCAACAUCAACGCCAUUACCAGCAACAACGACGGCAACGUUUGAUGGAAGAUUCGCAGAAUCAGUAUCAGCAACGACAACAGCAGUUGCAGCAGCAAGAACAAGAACAAGAUCAUUAUCAACACCAACAGGAGCAACAACUGGAGGAAGAUCCGAACAUGGAUGGUCCCAGGCAGCUAGAAAUUAGACAUGGCACAUAG